GCCCUAGUCAAGUGCUUAAUUCAGCUCUCAGCUAUCUAUAUUAUAUGUUUCUAUGGCACGAUAGCCGACUGACCUUUCGCACCUCAACACCCAUACAACCCAGCCGCAGAGAGAGUACAAAAGUUGUUUUUCCGGAUAACCCGACGACUACGAGAAUAAAAAUAUUGAAAAAAAAUAAACAUCGAUUCGUAUUAGGUAAUUGUAUUUAUGUUUUUUUUUCUCUCUCUGUUUCAGUUGUCUUCGCCGACACUUUCGCCUUAUCUACCAUCCGGGUCAGGUCGUGUUUCUUCGAUAAUUCUUACUCGUUUUUUCUAGGUAAGUACGUGAUAAUCACAACUGGUGAAGUGUAAAUCGCACUACGUCAAAUGGCCUGCAUAUUACGCGUCCUCAAGGGUCUGCCCAAAAACGCCCUGAAGACGCCCAAACAAACUUAUUUCAGGAUAAACGAGGUCAGUGUGAAGGUCGACGCAAUUGUGUGAGGACGACGUAUUUUACUUAAUUAAGUUAUUUUGUCACCAUAGGAAACAAACAAACUUUGCGGCGGCUGUCAAGUGAAUAAAACUAAAAAAGAAUUUUCAACAGCCACUAACUUGGUUUAUCUGUAAGUCAUACAAGUUAAAUGUUUUCAUUUCUCAAAAAUCAAAUUAUUAUCCAGACAUUUUGUGCUCAAAUUAUAAAUCCAAUACACAACCAUUUUUUUGGUCAUCUCUACUGUAUAAUUGACAUACUAGGUAAUUCAUUUAAGUGGGUACACUGUUUAUAUCAGAAAGUAUUAACUUUUUUCAGAAUUAAUUUUCUAGAACAUUUAAGAAACCAGCAGCUCUACAAUUUUUACCUAUGUUUUUUUUUUGUCACCCUUAUUUUGGGGGAUAAAACCAUUACCUAUUCGUGUUGAGUUGGAGGAAAGUACUAGAGUACUUAUAUGGAAUAUUUGUGUGGCGACAUACCACACACAUGUUAAUAAUGCACCACUACUCUCCUACAACCCAAACUUAAAAGUGAAAUAUUUCAACACUAAAACUUAUUUUAACUAAUACUCUAUUUAUGGAAUUUUAAAUAUAGGUUGUCAUUUGAAAAUCAAAAGUAGGUUCUACCCCCAAAAAUAAAGGUGACAAAAAUAACAUAAAUAUACAAUUUUGAAGCAGCUACUUAUUUCUUAAAUAUUCUAGAAAAUAAAUUCUAGAAAAAGGUAAUACUUCAUUUACUUUAAGUGUACCCAAUUAAAUGGAUUACCUGGUACAAUAAGCAUUAUGUACUAAAAGAUUUUUAACUAUGUUGUUUAACAUUUUAAUUAAUUUGUAGAAAAUCACUCAAAAUUUCUUCUAGUCAAAGGUGUUUUGAACAAUGUCGCUAUUUUCAGACUUCUGUCAUUCUCUGUAAGAAUAAAACAAAUCUAUAAAUCAAUUUACUUUACUAUUGUAUACAAUUUUUUUUUAAUGAAAAAAUUUAACAAUUUUCUUUUUUGUUAGGUGAUUCACAUGUUUUAAAGACACCUGCUUUUGCCGAUUCAGUAUCUGAAGGUGAUAUAAGGUGGGAAAAAAGUAAGUAUAAUGAUAAUAGUUACAAAGCCUUAAAAUGCCUUGAUUUUAGGUAUACAAUAUCAAAUAAUAGAUGUAUAUAUACAUGAUUACUAAUACUUAGUAAAAUUACUUUUUCUGUCAUGAUGAAUUUUUUUAUUCGUGUUAAAAAUAUUCAAAUGCCAAUUGUUAAUUUUUCAUUAUUUAUUGAUAAAUAUUGACCUUUGCUAAAAGGUUUAAUUGAUUUGAUCAAUUGUGUUAAAUUGAAUUAUGCACUAUAUGACUUAUAAGUACUCUGAUAAUUUUGUUGCAUAAUUAUUUACAAUCUUAUAUAGACACACAAAUAUUAAAAAUAAUACAUGAAUAAAUCUGACCAUUUAAAUUAUAUUAAAAAUAAUUUGUACAAAAUUGCUCCUUAAAAGUAUCUGAAAUAUUUAUUUUAUACACCAAUUAAACCUCUAAAUAGUCUAAAUAACCUUAAAUUUCUAAACAUGUAAAUAUUGUAGGAGGGGAAGAAUUUCUUACUAAUCCAAUAUGAUGUAAUAGACACUACGUUCUAAAUGUAAUCUAUAUAGUUAUUAAAUUUUAAGCAUAAUGAAAUUACACAGAUAUUGGUGACACAGUAGCAGUAGAUGAAGUCGUUUGUGAAAUAGAAACAGAUAAAGUAAGAAAACUAUAUAUUUUGUGUUUAAUUUGCAAAUAUUUUAAUUAAUUCAAAUUAUUAUUUUAAUAUUUUUUGUUUUAUUUAAGACUUCAGUUCCUGUCCCUUCACCAGUCAAUGGAGUUAUUGAAAAUAGACUAGUUGAAGAUGGUGCUACUGUGACAGCUGGUCAAGAAUUGUGCUCGAUUACAAUCACAGGUAUAACUUAAUUUGGCACAAAUCUUUAUUUACACAUUUGCAAUUGUUAGUUAAUUUUUUUUUAAACUUCAGAAGGGGGUCCCGCUCCAGCUAAAGCAGCACCAAAAGUAGAAGAUGCUCCAAAAGCUACAGAAUCAAAGCCCUCAGAUGCAACUGUCGCUGCUCCUUCAACACCACCACCACCACCACCACCAUCACAAUCACCACCACCACCACCGCCUACAGCACCAAGAGCUGCUGCACCACCUCCAGUUUCCAGAGCUGCUGCACCACCUGCAGCUCCACAACAAGCAGCCACUGUUAAGUUACCACCAACUGAUCCGUCUAAAGAGAUAUCCGGUACAAGAACAGAAUACCGUGUUAAAAUGAACCGUAUGCGAUUACGUAUUGCUCAACGUUUGAAGGAUGCUCAGAACACAAAUGCCAUGUUAACUACUUUCAAUGAAAUUGAUAUGAGGUAAUUUUAUAAUUAAAAAUGAUUAUUUAUUUAUUUAUUUAUUUAUUGAUUAUUUAAUACUGUUUAAACAAAAUGUAUUAUUAUUUACGUUUCAAUUAAUAUUAUUUUAGUUUCAUCAUGAAUUUCCGUAAAACUCAUCUUGAUGCUUUCCAAAAGAAACAUGGUUUAAAAUUAGGUUUCAUGUCAGCAUUUUUAAAGGCUUCUGCUUAUGCUUUACAAGACCAACCUGUCGUUAACGCUGUUAUAGAAGGCAAUGAAAUUGUGUAUAGAGAUUAUGUGGACAUCUCUGUAGCUGUAGCCACUCCCAAAGUAUACAUUAUAAUAUUAUGGUCACAAUUUGACAAUACAUUUGAUAGCAUAUUUUUAAUUAGGGUUUAUUAGUGCCCGUUGUACGCAAUGUACAAGAUAUGACUUAUGCAGACAUUGAAAAAUCAAUUGCUGCUCUUAGUGAAAAAGCUAGAAAAGGUGCCAUUGAUGUAGAAGACAUGGACGGUGGUACUUUUACUGUCAGUAACGGAGGUGUAUUUAAGUCCCUUAUGGGAACACCAAUCAUCAAUCCACCACAAUCUGCCAUAUUGGGCAUGCACGGAACUUUUGAAAGGCCUAUUGCUUUAAAUGGACAAGUAAAUAGUUUAUAUUCUUUCUCAUAUUGAUAAGCUAACAGGGGUCACAUUUAUUUAAAUAUUCUAUUUUUCCAUUAUUUUUAGGUUGUCAUUCGACCAAUGAUGUAUGUUGCCUUAACAUAUGAUCACAGACUUGUAGAUGGUCGUGAGGCUGUCUUGUUUUUACGGAAAAUUAAAGAAGCCAUUGAAGAUCCCACAACAAUUGUUGCAGGAUUAUAAUAUUUUCAAUAAUUCUGAAGCCAGCUGUACUUAGACUUAACAAGCACUUAUUAUUAACUGUUAUUGAAUUUUCCUAUAUAACAUUCAUAAAUUCUGUUUUCAUUUUGUUAAUAUUUAAUGAUCACUCUUUAGGUAUGCAUAUUCCAUCCAUCCUGCAAAUUAAAUUAGAUUCUACUGAUUGGGUACAACAGUAGUCUAGUUUAAAAAUUAUAAUUGAUACACAAAACAGCAAUUCUAACAUUGUAUAUUAAAUUGUUGCCUUCAAAUAUUGUUAUAAAAAUUUUGUAUUCAAUUUUAAUUUGUUGAGGACCCACUCAAUUUUUUUUCGGCUCAUAUAUUUUUAAAAACGCUGUACACUAUUCAGAAUAAGAGCAUAUUUGUGCAUUGGACGAAAAUUGACGCGUGUAAUCUCACUACUCUAUGUUAAGACAAUGUGAACGAUCAACGUUUGGCAGUGGAGUUUCAGCUGAUUCAGCAGUUUUGAAAUCUCAGUGUGCAUGUAUAAACAAGUGUUCUUUUAUUCUGAAUAGAAGUAUUAUGCCUUAACUAUUUAUGCCAGAGCAAAUUGAUAUAUUAUCAAACAAUGAUAAAUUAGAUUCUCUAAUUUGAGAAUACGAUUAUAUUUAAAUAUAAAACUAAUUAUUAGACUUAUUUAUAUGUUUAUGAAUGGGCAGAUAUAGCAAGUCACUGGUAAAAUAUUCUUAGAAAAUAACAAGAAUGAUAAUUUAAAAUUUAUAUAAAAGUUAAAUUAAUAAUUAUCACUUAUGAAAAAACAAAUGUCAAGAAAAACAACUUUUGUUAGUCAACAAAUUGAUUUAUAUGAUCUAUUAGACACAUUGUCUACAGAUUUAUAAGUUAAUACUUUCUUAUUACAUCUUACUAGAUGACAUUUCUACUCAAGUUCUUUCUUUUUAUAUAUUUCCUAAAACAUAGGGAAGAUCAAUUUCUCAUAAAACCCAGAUUACCAUAAAAUUUAUAAUAAAGUAUUAAAUGUAUUAUUAAGUUUUUUUCUUUCAGAGCAAGAUAGUUUGUCUUAAUUUUGUUUGCUUUUGUGUUUGGUUGUGGAAUCACUACUUACUGAUUUAUGAUUUUCAAAUAACAAUCUCACUUAACUAAAUUUUGAAUCUAGUUACAGAAAUAAAUAUACUAUAUUUAAGUUCGAUAAUUUUGCAGACGCAGGAAAAAAACAGUAGAAUACUGAACAGAUUAUGGUUGUAGAUACUUGGUUCCUGGUUUUAUUUCCAAAAGAGGAAUACCUAAUGACAUAAUGAGUCUUUCUAAUAAAUGACCACUCGAUAUUUUAUUGGUCCCUUUAAUGUUGUUACAACCACUUCUCACUGCAGUUUUAUUUUAUUAUUUGUUAAUUAAACUACAAUACUAAUUUUUUUUAAUGCAUUUAUUUUGACUACUACUCCAACCACUUUCUUAACAUUUUUAAUCAUACUUUUAUAUGGAAAUCCAUUUAAUUCUCAAUUCCUUUAGUAUAUAAAAAUAAAUUCGUUCUUUUUCUUAUUCCUUUCAAAAACUAGUUUAUAAUCAUAUGUAAUUAUUCUGUCAUAAGUAUGUAAAUUAAUAAUUAGGUCCUACUUUGUUAUUGCUAUUGAUUUUUCAUUCAGUAACAGUUUUGAUAUAAUUUGUGAUACAACACUUAAUUAUAAGAAAUGAUUUAAAAAAUAUCGUAAUCUGAUAUAAUAACUUGUGUUAAAGUAAAAUGGUUGGAAAUGUCUCAAUUAAAAACUAGGUUAACAAACUUAUUCUCUUAAAAUGUGUUAAAAACACAUUUUUUAAAAGAACUAAGGUGUUUCAACAUUUACAUUCCUUUUACUAAAAAUAAAGAAAUCAAUUCAAAUUUCUAUUUCUUUAUAAAAUUAUAGAAUCACUUUCUUCAUUAGUUUCUCUAAAAAGAAAUUUUAGAAUUCAUUCCUUAAUAAGAAUCAGUUAUUACAGAUUAUA